GCCAUUUUGGGCUAAUUAUUAUUAUUAUUAUUAUUAUUAUUGCCAUUUUGGCUUAUUAGUGUCAUUAUUAUUAUUAUUAACUUUUAUUUUCUUAAUUCUGUCCGAGUUUUAUGCCAAUGGCUUUCUCGGCGCGAACGUAAAACAAUAUAUCUGAUUUUUUUACCUAAAUAGCGUGUCGUGUUCUUUUAUUCUUAAUGUUAAGUUUUCUCCAAUGCCUGGUUCAAACUGUACAAAAAUCCACGGUGCUCCGACCUUUUGGGGUCUCGGCUCGUGGUUGGCGACCUAACUCGACCACAUGACUCUCGGGUCAUGAGCGAUAUGACUCGAGUUGUCACAGAUGGCGACCUUGCCAGGAUAUUAAUUAUGACUAUAAUUAAUUUAAAAAAAAAAAAAAAAUAAAAAAAAUAUAGAAUAAAAAACAUGACACAUAGGUAGUAUGAGCACUUCACGUGUCUAUUAUAGGGUUUGCACUACUACGGGUCCAAGUAAAAAAUGGUUCUAAAAAAAGGUCAAGAUUGGACAGAGACAUAAUAUUAUAUAAUAUGUAUGUAUAGGUGAUAUUGUUUUCAGCACGUCUAGGAAAAUACCGGCCACGUUUGUUAGUAAUAUACUGUCCAAGAACCACUGUUGCCUGCGUGUAUUUUCAGGAAUGCCCAUGGUAACAACCCAUGUAUUGUGUCCAACAUAAUAUGCAGCGAUUGAUGUUGUGCUGUGCGCCCGUGCUUAUGGUGGGACCUGAGGCUGUUUGCGUGUGUGCCGUAUUCCGUCGUCACCGCGAUUGCCGCUGAUGAUGUCACGGAGUUGUCGAACAUCACGAUCACCGAAGGGGUUGGUCGUCAUCGCGUUGGAUUUUGGUCGGCGGCUAGUAAUAUAAGUUAUAUUUCAAGAUAUAAUUCUGUACGCGUCAGUGUGUGUGCCUGUGUAUAUGUCUCGUUUCCUUUAUCAGGUUUGAUGAUGUAACCGUGCAUAAAUUUAACGUAUCAGUUAUCGGUCUACCGCCGUCUACCGUUCAUUAUCUAUGUUUGGGUACGUGUCGUUCCGGCAAGGCCGUGCGAACGUUCCCCAUUCCCUAUCUAACGGUGUCUACGUAACGCAAUAUUAUGAUUAACUAUUAUUAUUAUUUUUAUUAUCCGUUCGAAUAAGUUCAUUGUUUUUUUUUUUUUGACCGGUUUUCGCUGAAUAGCGACCGAGGUGUAUAAUGUAUAUAUGUAAUAGGUCUCGGCAUUGCCCGCCUGGCAUACAUAUCGUAACGAUGAUCAUUCCGUAUACGCUGUAUGAAUCCACGCGCAAACAGAUCGCAUAAUAUUACAAAUACGAUUAUGUUAAUCUUGAUGAAAUUAUGAACGAUUAAAUUUUAAAAUAUGUUGCUAGUAGAUUUUUUUUUUUCGUAAAAAAUAUAUUGUUAGAUUUCGGUUGGUAGACCAAGACCAUCAUACAUAUUUAGCCCGCUAGGCCCGUACACACACUGAUGGUUAGUUUUAAGCUGCCCAUAAGCUGUAUCCCACGGUGAUAAUAGCGCUCGCACGUCACACGCAUUAGGUAGUCACACGUCUGUGUUUUCGUUCAUACGUCUCGUGUACGUAUUGUUAGGUAUCUCGUUAUCGAGAGUAGUGUGCCCACCUAGUGGGAGUGUAUUAGUACUUGUUGUGGUGCAUAACACCGCAUUCAUUUAAUUUUACGUUAUGGUUAUUUACUGUUCAAUUUGUUGUUUCAGCCUCGUCGACCGCCGAGUCGUGGCCCUGUUAACCAAUGUAUCGUUGAAUCAAUUUAGGUCUCAUCAACAAAUUUGUCUGUUGCUGUGUAUUUUUAUUAGAUCUGUUGAUGUAAUUAUGUGUUUUCGUUUAUCGUUUAUCUUUAUGGAUGAUAAAUUAUUUACUGUUUUUUAUUAAUUUUCAUUUUGCUUUAUUCAAAUAUUUAAAAUUAUAUACCACGCCACGGUGACUUUUAAGUAUAUUUGCCAACCUACUAUUGUGUUCUUAUGUGUCGUCCCGGCGUCCCGGCGACGAUUUCCAUUGAUAUAGUAUCGUAAAUUUAUUUUUUGUAUUAUCGACGUUAUUUGUCUUACGACAUAAAAUUUUCGUCUGCACUUUCCGAGCCUGCACUCUAGUGGGUCAAUACUUAUUUAUUUAUUCAUUCUUAAGUUCCUGUUGGAAUUCAUUGUGGGUUAGAGUUUCAGUUCUACGGUUUGUGUUUUUUUUUUUUUGCAUUUCGAUUGUUUGAUUUUCCGUGCCUACAUUUAUGUACGCCGCUGGUAAGCGAGAUACUCAUCCUCCAGAUCGUCUAAUUGACCGCCUUCUCCAGCCUACGACGCCCGCGAUGUCACCACCAACUACCACGUCGGAUACACCAAUUAAAACUGUAACCACGGUUUCCCAAGCAGGGAUGGGAACAGAGAAUGUCCUUCCGCAGCCUACCAAAGUUGAACCUACCCUCGCCGAUCUUAUCGCUAUUAUGAAUGGCCAUGCCAGCGAUCAUGCACAACGGUUUGACCGUCUGGAAACUCAGUUUAUUGGUUUUACCAAACGGCAAGAUGCAGUUGAGUUGCGGGUGGAUAAAACUGAAAAAAAUAUCGCCAUUCUUCACCGCAACUCGAUCGAACAGCGAACUGCACACACGAAAUCCGAUGAAAGUGUAGCGAAGAUCCACACCGACGUCGAAUCCCUUAAAGAAACUGUGAAACAGAUACAAUCCGACUUAAAGGUACCUCCGAUCCACUCUACAUCUCAAGCGCAAUCAUUCCAGCCGACAUACAAUUCGACGGAGGCCCAUAUCAAUGACUCUCGACAGUUACCAAAUCCGUAUGGCCAGUCUAAUGUGUCUGCGUCGAUUAGUCAAUCGGAACGUUUUACUGAUGUUGUGUCUGAGUUCACAGGCCAUCGUCAGGAUGUACACCCAGAGAAGUUCUUAAACCAGCUGGACCAAUACUUCUUGUAUAAUUGUCCACACGACGAUCAACGUGUUGAACUGUUUCAACGACGGUUGACCAGAGGUUCCCGAGUAUGGUUUGAUUCACUGAUGCCUGUUCCGACCACCUAUGAGGAGGUAAAGAGGUUGUUCCGCCAGCAGUUUUGGUCUGCAGCCACACAAAGAAAAAUUCGGAAUGAAAUUUUCCAACCCUAUCAAUACCGUUCACCAGUGGGGAUCAACACUCAUGCUAUGACCUGGAUUGCUAAAGCUAAAUACUUAUCUCCCCCCAUCGAUCAAUUUGAUCUUGUUGGCAUAAUCAUACAGCAUUACCCAUCUACGUUGGGGAUGGCCAUCCGCGGUCGGGGCCCCCAAACGACGAACGCUUUGUUGGCCGUAUUGACAGAGAUUGAGGAAUCUACGUCCUUCUGCGAGGCCCCAGGCCCCCGCCAGUCAGAUCACGGGCCAACACCAUCAGCACGAAACCAUGACCAGCCACCACGAGAUCCUCACGAACGGAGAGGAUAUCAACCGCGUAAUAAUAAUCGCAACAACUACCGAAACGGUCCGAAUCGAGGUCCCCAAAAUGAUCACCGUCCUCCGGCUCAAAAUGAAGAACCGAUUCAUCAGCUAAACGCUUCGGGAAACGAACCACAGUCUCGCCAGUGAAUACGGCACCUGACGAGACUGGAUUGUCAUCCGA